AUGUACAUAGAUACGGAUGAGACCCAAUGUCGGUCAGCCAACUAUAUGCUCAACACGAUGUUGCUCCGCUUGGGACUGACCUUCGCGUCCAUGGUGACCGGAACCUAUGCCGAAUAUGAUCAAAAUGUCAUGUUGUACUUCAUCUUUACCAUCAUCAAUGGCAUCUUGGGCGGAGUGAUCUUCUUCACGCAUUGCUCUUGCAAUGAAAAGGUGCGGGCAAUACUGGCGGGUGUCAAGGCAAAAAUAUUCGGAAACAAGCACCCAAACGAGACUGAGACCGAAUCUCUAGAGGGUGAAGAUACCAUAGAAGAGUCAGUGGAGGAUGGGGACCAUCAAGUGGUGGACAUGAACGAGCCGACAGAUGACCUGGCCACCGACAUGGCUGACGAUGAUGGCAUGGUUUCCGACGAAUAAUAACCAAUUCAUUUACUCCUCGACACCGAUCAUGAAGAUAUUUUUCCGAGGAGGCGAUGUAGUGUGAUAAAGAAUAAAAGACAACUGGGUGACGCGUAACGCAUUAA